AUGGAUGAGAACUAUUCCGUUGUGGGUCCCCUCGUCGGCCCGCCACGCGACUGCGGCCGCCACGUUCUUCUCGCCCGCGCCACCGACGGCCUCCACUGCGCCGCCAAAACAAUUCCGUGCGGCCGCGACACCCCCCAGCGGCUGGCGGCCCGCCGUGUUGUGGAGAUCAUGCGGCGCGUGAAGAACAUCGCCGGCCUCGUGGACGCCGUCGAGACGGAGACGGGCGUGACGCUCAUGACGGAGUUCGCCGCGUUGGGGUCACUGCGGGAGGAAAUACGACGGCGGCGGGGACUCCUGCGCCAGCAGAGAAGAGAAGAACAAGUAAACGAACAACAUGCACAACAAAAACGACUUUCGAGGCUGCGUGCGGUGUAUGAGAGAGGUGUGGAGGCAGAUGCAAGUAUGAGCAUGGAAACGGCUUUUUUUGCAGAGGAUGAAAUUGUACGGCUGAUUAUGCAAUUAUUAAAUAUUUUACAACAACUUUACGCUCAGGGAAUUGUGCAUGACCGCAUUACAAGUGAUCAUAUUUUAUUAUAUGAUGAUAAUUUCAGUAAAGUACGACUCUGUGGAUUUGGAAAUGCUUUUUUAUCUUGUGAUGAAAAGGAAAGUGAAGGAAAGCAGCCACAACAACAAUCAGUUUCUAAAGGAAUGCAUUCUUCAGAAAAUUCAUCUCUUUCUACUUCUCGUGGUUAUCGCUUCUUCUCUGACUCUAUUCCUCGUGAAUCGAAACAUGAUAUUUGGCUUAUUGGUGCUAUUGUAUAUGAAAUGUGUACCCUUGGUACACGUAUUAACCUCCAAACAAACAUUGUCACUGAACCAUUUAUUGCAGAACGUUAUUCUCCUGGUUUCCAUAACAUGCUGUUGUCAAUGUUGACAAAAGAUCCAUCAUCCAGACCAACAUGUGCACAACUAGAAUAUAUGCUAAGCCGUCAUCGCCCAAGUGGAUUCGGUGACAGUAGAUGUUCCGUAUCCAUUCCUCUUUCACAAUCAUUUUCCAUACGACGUGAUAGUGGACGCCUCUUUACAGGGACUCAACCAAGUAGUGAAUAUACUCAAUAUGAUGUAUCUGUUCAUUCUAUGCGGACAGAUCCACGUGAUAAAUGCGAUACAUUAAAUACUGUAUUUCAUGUCUUGGGUGGUUCCCUGGUCCCAUCGAGGUACCGAUGUAAUAGCGCAGAUGUUACGGAAAAACAGCAGAGAAUACCUUUAUCAUAUUCAGAAGUAGAAAACUGUAAAAACAAUGCAAUUGGUGUUGAACCUCUUAAUAUGCUUUGUGUGGAAAGCGAUAUUGAAAGCGUGAAAAUAAGUGAUUGUGGUGCUACUAAAAACAGUUCCAGUAAUAAUGAGACAUCAGUAAAAACAGAUUUAAUGGGAAAAUCUUCUCUUAUAUCAAGUAAUAAAGUUUCUUGCAGUAAAAGUAGCAGCACUAUCGGUGUUGUGGAGGGAGUUCCGUUUUCACAUCAACGACAAAUAUCUCAAAUCAAAACUAAAAAUAGUCAAAACAGUGAUGAAACAAAUUGCUGUUUUGAUAAUUAUUCUGAGAAUGACAUACAGUUACUGAGGAUGCUUGAGAAGAAGUUGGAUGCUCAAAAGAGAAAAAUGUCAAAUACUUCUCCAACUUCCAAUAAUAAACUAACAUCAGUCGAUGAAAUUCCUACGUUAGGAGAAGAGAGAGUGGAUUACGUUACCAUAGGAAAUAAUUUUGGAGCUGGAGAGCAGAACAGCACUACCAAUACAACGACAACAACCACAGUGGUAAAAAAAGAAACAUCAAUCGGAAACUCUCUAUCACCUCAACCUUCUUGUGUUAAUAAUAUUGACAAAAUGGUUAGUCCACCCACACUCUUUUCGGCAUCAGAAAAAGAAAUAUGUGAGUCUAUGCAACCGCAUUGUAAAGGGUCGUUGAAUUUCUCUAUUGAAGAGCAUAAAUCUGAAAAAGUGGAAGGAGUUAAUAAUUUACGUAGGGGUUCUAAAAAAACAUCUCUUGUUUCAUCAAUCACAGAAAUCCAAGAAACACGCCCGAUGACACCAUUAGAUGAUUUGAGAAGCGUUAGUGAUGCUUUAUAUGAAGAAACUGUAACUACAACAGUGAGACGAAGAAAUUUAUUUGAUAAUACUUUGUGUCUCUCCGCAUACUCAGCAACUGUGGAUGUUGUCUCACCAAUAACAAAUACGGAGUUUUGUGAUGGUGCCACGGAGUAUAGUGCUUGCAGUAGCUUUGUGGUGGUACAUGAGGCACCGAACACGAGAGGAAAUUUGGUCCAUCGCAGUCAUUUAAGACCUCAUCGCGUAGUGGAUCACAAUCACUGUAGUUCGUGUUUUGUGCAGUAA